AGCAGCAAUGGCGGCGCUCGGAGCAUGUUGCUGCUUGUGGGGCCGUUCGGCGUGCGCGGUCCGGGGGCUGCGGCGGGGCCUGUGGGGACGCUGCCGGCUUAGCCAGGCCGCGGGCUCGGAGGCGGAGAAAAACAAGCCCGAUGUUAUGGGGCCUCGUUUUACAGAUGAAGCGGUUCAGAGCUUGCUGUACAAGAUGACAGGGCUGAAUUUAGAGAAGAUUUUUAGGCCUUUUAAACAGGAACUUAAACCACUGACAUUCAAGACAAUGACGGAUGCACAGCUGGAGGAGGCCACAAAAAAAGCUAUUGAGGAAGCCAAACAUAAAUUAAAAAUGCCUCCUGUUUUAAGUGAGCGAGAGCCAAUUAAUGAUGUAUUAGCAGAAGAUAGGCUACUUGAGGGGACAGAAACUGUCAAGUAUGUGUUCACUGAUUUAACUUACAGUAUUCCACACAGGGAGCGUUUCAUUGUGGUUAGAGAACCAAGUGGUGUAUUACGCAAAGCUUCCUGGGAAGAACGAGAUAGAAUGAUACAAAUCUUCUUCCCAAGAGAAGGACGCAAAGUUUUUCCACCACCAGUGUUCAAGGAGGAAAUUCUUGUGCAAGUAUUACGUCAAGACCGUCAUGAAGAUGCCCUUAAUCUCUGCAUUGCACAGUUUGAGCCGGAUUCAGCUGACUAUAUCAGAAUUCAUCAUCAGAUAUAUGAUGAUAUUGAUAAAACUGCCAAAUAUGAUCUGCUACGUUCAACAAGACACUUUGGAGGAAUGGUGUGGUAUCUAGUAAACAAGAAGACUACUGAUGGCUUGCUAAUGGAUAUGAUCCAGAGAGACUUACUGGAUGAUGCCACAAGUUUAAUCAGGUUAUAUCACAUGCUUCAUCCUGAAUGCCAAUCAGCAAAAGCAGCCAAAGAACAGGAACUCUGUGGGGUAGAUUUAAUAAAGGUAUUUAUAAAAACAGAAUCACAAAAACAAGGCUAUAUAGAGUUGGCUCUUCAAGCUUAUCAGGAAACACUGACUAAUUCUGCAGCUUCAUGAAAUAGAAAAGGCCUUAUUUAAUCUUGUGGUAAAUUUUAGAUCUAUUUCAUCAUGUUAAUAUAUGGAAAAGGAGCUGCAUAUUGCUAACUUUGUAUAUAACUCCAAAAUAAACACUUGAGCAU